AUGGUCGCCCGCGCCCCCAAGUCCGGCCACCGGCCCGGCCUCGAAACCACCUGCCCGCACUGCCCCUCGACCUUCACCUCCGAGCUCCUCUGCAUCCAGCACGUCAAGACCGCCCAUCCCGGUCUCAAGCCCUUCGCCUGCCCGCACGGCUGCAGCAAGACCUUCACGGGCAAGCAACAGAUGCUCAAGCACGCCGCCAACGACGUCUGCGGCCUGAAGGACAUGCCUGCCUCCGCCCUGAACACCACGCCGCCCCGCCGCCGCAAGCACCAGCGCAACAACACCUCCUUCGGCAGCAGCCCGACGCGCUACCGCGAGAAGAAGCCGCUCGUCUACUCCGCGCCCGGCACGCAGGGCAACGAGGCGAGCUGCGCGCACUGCCCGGCCGAGGAUCCGGACAACGUGUUCCGGUCUGAGAUGAUGAUGGUGCUGCACGUCAAGGCCGUGCAUGGGCGCGACGUCAAGCCGUUUCCGUGCUUGGCUGGAUGUGGCAGGUUCUUCACGCUCAAGCGGUCGUCGACGAGCCACUCGGUCAAGUGUCCUGGUGCGUGGAAGACGGUGCCCGGCUACGAGAACGGCGGAAACAGCAACGGCAAGAUCAAGUUCGAGAGGAGCGGCAGCAGCGCCAGUGUCAGCGCCGGUUCCGACAGCGGCAGCAGCAAGGAGUCCAACGCUGUCAUCCCUACCCACAGCCACCGCGGCAUGGCCCGCACCGGCAUCGACGGCUUCCCCGAAGAGUGCGACCGCUGUGGCAUGGAGUUCUCCAGGCGCUCCAACCUUCUCCGCCACCAGAAGCAGGGCGCGUGCAAGGGAGUCUGGAAGGCGAACAAGCCUGUCAAGAACAGGGUCGAGAUGGCCCUGAUUGACUGGAGCAAGAAGGGCAAGGAGGCUGAGAAGGAGGCCAAGGAGGAGAAGGAGGCCGAGGAGGAGAAGGAGGACGACACGGAGGUCCUCCUCCUGGAGGCCUUCGCGGAGGAGGAGGAGGAGUCUGAGGAGGAGUAG